CAACGUCAUUUGAAUUGAAGUUGCCAUGCAGUUGCCAUGCACACAGACGGCGGUUCUGGCUUGUGUGCGUGCCCUAACCGCUCGAUGCUCUCGUUGCUCUCUGCUCGAUCUUGCAACCAGCGUUGCCGUGGAGUUUGCAGCGCUGCUUGCAACUCUGGUUCCGAGGUCAAAAACUUUUUGAGAAUUAAUGGCGUAUGGACUAACUCAAUUCGGUCCAUUGAGCCAUUUUUGCACCAAACCAAAACUUUUUGAAAGUUUUGAGCACAAUUUCGAUUGGGUUUGUGAUCAAUUCUCGACGAGUUCCGUUAAAGUGUUCAUUUUCGUGAAAAAAAGUAACACAUCGGUUACACUCGGCAGCAAAGUAGUCUCGAUACAGAGAGAGAUGUAUGUACAGAGUACUACUUACAUGCUUCUCGAUAUUUAGUUGGUUAUAUUGACAAUUAGCUUUCGAGAGGAAGAUAGCCAUAGAGGGUUAGGUGAAUAUUUGGCAAGGAAGAAAUAUCCUAAGACUUUGGAUCUCACAAAGGAUCCGUUGUAAUUGUGGAAUAAGAACAAUAAAUAAAAACUGACAUACUGCUCUAACAAUUUGUGACGUCACAUGGUGGACGCGGCAAAUUUGUGCCGUCCAGGUCAUAGUCCAUAAACAAGAGUCACAAGUUGUGGAAGUUUUGUUUGUUUAGUCACUAGUCUCGUACGGUAAAAAAUGAGUCAAGACUUGCGAACUCAAUUAAUUACCGCUGCUGUUGCGGCAACUAUUGGUGUUAUAAGUGCAGCUGGUAUUUUUAUUUAUCAAACAUUUCUUGAGAGACAGCGCCUUAGGAAAAAUCCCAAUGUGAGUUUUCAUCUCGAUAAGGUUGAACAACGUCUCAUGGAAGUACGAGAAGAAUUACAUGAAUUGAGGCUACAACAAGAUAAAAAAAAUCAACAAGAUAAAAAAGAUCAACAAAGAAAAAAUAAACGUGACAACGAUAGUACACACAUCGCAACAGAUAAUGAUACAGAUGUUUUUUCAAUAGCAAGCACUGAUGUUGCUGAAGAUGAAUUUGUUGAUUGUUCAGAAAGCGGAAAUAGCAUGAGCGAUGUUGAAAACAGGGAUUGUAUGGGACAAACAGCUGAAGACACUUGCUCUGGAUUAGACUUAUCCAUCUUCGAUAUACAUUACCAACAACGUGAAUUCGCGGAAGAAGAUUAUAUCGCUUUAAACAAUCUUGCAGAUACUUAUCCAGACAAUGUAGAUGUAAUAUGGAGAUACGCCAGAAGCUGUUACAAAUACUUAAAUUGUAUCACUGAUUUAAAUGCAAAAAAAGCUACUAUUGGCGCAGGAAUUAAAUGCUGUGAGAAACUUCUUCCUGAGUUAAAUGCAGAUCUGCAUAAAUGGUGCGCUAUACUUGUAGGUGUUUACGGCGAAUAUUUACCAAUAGCAGAGAAAAUAAACAACGGUUAUCGUUUCAAAAAGCUCGUAACGAAAGCUUUAGAAAUACGUCCAAGUGAUGCCGAUUUACAUCAUCUACUUGGUAGAUUUAACUAUGAGGUAGCUACCUUGAGUUGGAUAGAAAAAAAGGUUGCUGCGACAUUCUCGGAGCUACCAAGUGCCUCGUUUGAAGAUGCGAUCGAAAGCUUUCAGAAAGCGGACACUUUUUCGAAUAAACUAAAUCCGGAAAAUCAUCUAUUUCUUAGCAAAUGUUACAUAGCAACAAACAAUUACAAAUCGGCUUGUUCUUAUCUGAAACAAAUUUGUGAGUUAUCAGUUACUAAUGAAGAGGAAAAAAGAAUACAAAAUGACGCUCGUCAACUUUUUGACAAGUAUUCAAAAUAUUGCCAGUAACAAAAACAUUUAAAUAGAUUAGUAUAUAUAUUCGUCUUUUCUCUCUAAUAUAAAUACAUUAAUCUUAGGUGAGAGAUCUGUUUACAUCUAAGUAAUUAUCCAAUUAUAAAUGUGAAAUGGGAAAGAAUAAAAGCAAUUUUAAUAUAUA